AUGCCAAAGGCUUAUGGUAAAGUUUUUGCAAUGAGCGGAAAAGAAGUAUUUCACUCUGACAUGAUGAUUGGAGGUACAUGUAUCAUCCGAGACACCCCUUUAUCUAUAGUGUUUAAUUCAGGCGCAUCGUAUUCAUUUAUUUCUAGUAGUUGUGUGGAACGUUUGAGAUUGCCUACUAUAGCAUUGUCAUUUGAUUUUUCUGUUUAUACCCCAGGAUUGGAGGUUAUUUUGGGAUUGGACUGGUUAUCUGACAACCAUGUCAUCAUAGACUGUUGUAGGAAGACUGUUGUGUUUAAAGAUUUUGAACACGACAAUUCUGAGCAGUCAAGGAUUCAAGGUGCCAACUACGAAGAUGUCUCCUUAAAGGAAGAAGUUCAGGGAUUUGUAAUGUCCUUACUGGCAGAAGGAAAGGAAGAAAAGUUAGAUGAUUUUCCAGUAGUGAGAGAAUUUCUUGAUGAUAUUCCAGGAUUACCCCUAGAACGAGAAUUAGAAUUCAGCAUUGAUUUGCCUAUACUACCACCAAUUCCCCCUCCAGCUAAGGAGGAGGAAAUGAAUAUUGAUAUUCUAGAGGAUUAUGAUCAUUUAAACACCAAUGAGUCUAGCAACUCAAAGAUGGACUCAGAUGAGAGAAAUUCAUCUCCUGAGUCUGAAGAUAUAGAUUCGGAGUAG